AUGAUCGAACGGAACGUGCCACACGUCUCCGUUUUUUCCUUCCUUUACUUCUUUUUUCUUCGUCUUUACUUCUUUUCAUCUGAUAAUCUUUUAAUUGAGACGGCACUAUCUCGAUUAAUCGGAAAAGAAAAAAAAAACAAGAAAGAUUCUUUUACACUCACAUGAAAGUUAAGAGCAGGUUGUUGACCAAUGGAUCUUUGCAUCUCUGUCGCUCUUGUUUGUCGAUCUGUUCCGCGUGCAUUCCGACGAUCGACAAAAUUAUUCCAGCUUUUUCUCCCCCUCCUCUCGUCUUAUGUAAAAUCUGAUAGGGUGCAAAGUCCUGAAGUCAAGAUUUCGUUUGACUGACAAAUGCACGUCAUGAUAACAGUGUGGUAACAAGUGGUAAAGAACCGUGCGUGCAAGUGCGACGAAACAACUCCAAGUCGUUACAGUGGAAGAAGCCAGUGACAAUUUGAAGGGAUGGCAUUUCACGGAUUAGUGGAGGGUGACUGCGGUGGUCCCAGCUCACUGAUACAUCUCGCGUCGCACUACGUGCGAGACCAUGGCUUCAAGGAGGAAGGAAUCCAUCGGCCGUUCGACUCACAGAACGAACGCCAGACGCCAGACACUGAUCAGCUGGUCCAGCAGUUCCUGCAGGAACCGGCAUGCCCGCAGACGUUUCGCAUGGACAGUCUGCUGCAGGAGAUGAGAGAAAUCGAUAAAACUAUCCGUCCGCCGAUCACGGCACCUCGCGUUGCCAAUGAGCUAGCCGACUUGGAUGCAGCCUGGAGCAACGCGUGCUUCAAACCCACCGAGUCACUUCAUGAAUUUCGUGCAAAUGAUAGGACGUGGAGUCUGCCUGUGAUACAGUCCGAGGCGAGCCUGCAUUUCCCUCCUCACGAGACUCACGAGCUCGGGCUAGAUCCCAAAUGGGCGGAGGAAUAUGUGGAGCAAAGGAUAGACGCGAACGACGACAAAAGUAACGUUAGACACGAGAAUCCGGCGCGUUCGAAGUUGAUGAAAUUUAUGCAACAGGAGACUGAUGCUCCAAUAGAGAGUGAUCAAAAAGCAACCGCCUGUUCGGAUUCCACAGUCGAUGAAUGGAUAGAGCAUUUUUUCAUGGACAAGCCGAAAACGGACGAUGGUGUGACCGAUAAUGCCAGCGAUCAUGCAGUUUUGAAUAAGAUGGAGGAGCAGUUGACAGUGGCAGGCUCGUGGAUGGACGAAUUCGUGAAUCCUGCUUUAGAAAACAGUCUCGAUGAUGUCUACGAGUCGACAUGGGAACGGUUGAACGAGAUGAAUACGGCACAAUCGGAUUACAACGCCACGUUUAACAAAGAAUACGAGUUUUGCAAGACGAAUCCCAUGAAGGACUUGCCAAACGCACUGGCGGAGGGCAAGCGACGGUUAGAGGCAGAAGAUCUACCAAGCGCCGUGCUUUGUUUCGAAGCAGCCGUUCAGCAGGAUGAAAAUAACGUCGAGGCCUGGCUGCUCCUCGGAAAGACGCAGGCUGAGAACGAGCAAGAUCCCCUGGCCAUCUCCGCUUUAAACCGCUGUUUGUCCCUCGAUCCGUCAAACAGCGUUGCGCUUAUGACGCUCGCGGCUUCGUACGCGAACGAGUCUUUCCAGAAGCAAGCUUGCCUAACAUUGAAGGAAUGGUUGCUGAAGAACGAAAAGUACAAUCACCUUUCCGUCUCGGAAGCCGCUCUCAAAAACUCUGAGCAACUGCCUCUGGGCAUGUCCACCCUGUUAUUCGACCAGGUGUAUAACGAAGUCAAGGAUUUGUACAUUCAGGCCGCGAGAAUGAAUCCGCGGGACGGCAUCGAUGCCGACGUGCAGUGCGGGCUAGGUAUACUGUUUAACUUGUACAGUGAGUAUGAUAAAGCCGCAGAUUGCUUCCGAGCAGCGUUGCAAGUACGACCUGACGAUUCGAGAUUGUGGAACAAACUGGGCGCGACUUUGGCUAACGGUCAGCGGUCGGCGGAAGCCAUAAACAUGUAUCAUCGUGCCUUGGAACUAUCGCCUGGAUUCAUCAGAGCGCGAUACAACCUUGGAGUAUCCUGCGUUACUCUCGGCGCGUACAAGGAAGCUGGAGAGCAUCUUCUGACAGUUUUGAAUCAGCAAGCUGCAGGGAUGGGACCGCAAGGUAGCGAAGCAUCCCAUGGAGCAAUGUCCAACUCGAUAUGGACCACAUUAAGAUUCGUCGUACUGUUCAUGAACAGAUACGAGCUGAUGAACGACGUAGAAAAUAGAGACUUGUCGAGGUUGAAUAAAGAAUUUGAAGUCGCAUAAACUAAAUGGAAUAUCGAUAUAAUACAUCACACUUAUAUAAAUCGUUUCAGGCAAAGGUAAUUCAGUUAAAAAGAAUACAAAAAUCAUGUUUCUCGAACAUAUUUUAACAGUUCGCAAAGGUUGAAAAUAUUUGACAUAAUUGUAUAUAAUGAACAUACAAAUGAAAUGUACAUACAAGUGUACAGAAUAUUGAGCUCUCAUUUCUCCAUUUCAAUUCAAAUUGGUAUUCAAAGUGGUAUUUUUUUUUGUAGCAAUUUUAGUUUUAGAUUUUUAGAAUAUGUAGUUAAGAGAAAAUAUCGUGGUUCUCUUUUAUACAUGCAUAUAUGUAUACCUUAAUAUAUAUUUUAUAUUGGUAAUCAUUUUUAUAGAAAUGUUGAUAUCAUUAAUUUCAAUAUUCGUUUUUUCAAAAUCUAUUAAAGGAAUAUAAAUGCAUAUUAAAUCUAUUGCAAACAGUUGCAGAAGUUGUAUUACAUUUAUUUCCAUGAAAACUGUAUUAAUGAUUUAUGUUUGCUACUAUUGUUAUAUAUAUAUAUAUAUAUACUAAAUAUAAUAUUAAUAAAAUUAUAUCUUUUUUUAUAUUAAUAGCUUUAAUCACAAUUGUUGUCUAUCAUUUAAGAAAUAAAAACUAUAUAAAACAAAUAGGAUGUAAUAAAAGGGAAAAGCUGCUUGA